ACUCUGGAAUAGCAUUUGUAAACCUAGACGAGUCGCUGAAGCUUGAUAUACAUUUCCUGCUUGCUUAUUGAAUACCCUUUCUUGAGAAUACGUUUCUUUUCACUUAUAAUCACUUCUGAUGGACAAUCAUGCGACUGGCCUUUCGGCGUAAGCAACGCGAUCACCGGACACCAACUGAUCACAUUUCUCAUGAAAAAUAUAGGCCAAGCAGAUGGAACACCCGGCUUAGAUCUAAAUAUUGAAGAAGCAUGGAAGGCUGGAUACUCAGGAAAGGGAAUCACCAUUGCUAUCAUGGACGAUGGUAUUGAUUAUCUUCAUCCUGAUAUUGGUCCUAACUUCAAUGCUAAUGCCAGCUACGACUUCAGCAGUAACGAUCCAUUACCCUAUCCACGUUACACCGAAGAUUGGUUCAAUAGUCAUGGAACGCGAUGUGCUGGGGAGGUUUCUGCGGUGGCCAACAAUGGAAUUUGCGGAGUGGGCAUCGCAUACAACUCCAAGAUUGCAGGUAUUCGCAUGUUGGAUCAGCCUUACAUGACUGAUAUCAUAGAAGCUUCGUCUAUGAGUCAUCUUCCUCAAAUGGUCGAUAUCUACAGUGCCAGCUGGGGGCCACAGGACAACGGUAAAACAGUAGAUGGUCCUAGGGACUUCACUCUGGAUGCCAUCGCCAACGGUGUCAACAAUGGCCGAGGUGGAAAGGGUAGCAUCUACGUCUGGGCUUCUGGAGACGGUGGUCCAAUGGAUGACUGCAACUGCGAUGGUUAUGCCUCUAGCAUGUGGACAGUAUCCAUCAACAGCGCCAUUAAUGAUGGUAGAACCGCCCUCUACGACGAGUCCUGCUCCUCGACCUUGGCUUCCACCUUCAGCAAUGGCAGGAAGAACAGACAUCCUGAAGCUGGUGUGGCCACUACUGAUCUAUAUGGAAACUGCACCUUGUCACAUUCUGGAACAUCUGCCGCUGCUCCCGAAGCUGCAGGAAUCUUCGCUCUGGCCCUCGAGGCAAACCGUAACCUCACCUGGAGGGAUAUCCAACAUCUAACAGUCUUGACGUCCCAUAAAAACCGGCUGUAUGACGAGAAUUACAAGUGGCAGUGCAACGGCGUCGGUCUCGAGUUCAACCAUCUCUUUGGAUUCGGGGUGCUUGACGCUGGUGCCAUGGUCAAGAAGGCCGAGAAUUGGACCACUGCUUCUGAGAGGUAUCACUGCACCGGAGCCAAGUGGAACGGAUCAAGCACCGUGAGAGCUGGAGAAAAGUUGGUCCUGAAGCUUAACACAGAUGCUUGCACUGGACAGCAGAGCUAUGUCCGCUACUUGGAGCACACUCAAGCCAUCAUCACGCUUAACAGCAGUCGACGCGGGGAUGUAACGCUCAAUCUUACCUCGCCCAUGGGUACCCAAAGCAUCCUUCUCAGCACGCGACCCCAGGACGACGACAGCAAGGACGGCUUCCAACACUGGCCUUUCAUGACCACCCACACCUGGGGCGAAGACCCGCGCGGGGAAUGGAUCCUGGAGGUUGCUAUGGUAGAUGGAUCUGAACAUGCCGCCACCCUGACGGAGUGGUCCCUGGUGCUUCAUGGGACCAAGAAUGCGUCGUACAUUGAAGAAGCCAACUCUCAAUCCAAAUGCAAGAAAAGGGUCAAGGAACUCGCCAAAGAAGCCGAAGAAGCCGCCCACAACCAGACUAUCAUAGAUCAACAGGAAGAGGAUGAGAUCAACCAAGCCAUGGAAGAAGCUAUGCUGAAGGCACAUCUGGAGCAGGAUGUUCAGGACGAGGAGGAAGAGGAGGAGGAGGAGGAAGGCCAACAACCAAUGGUAGGGUUCCAGGAAGAUUAUCCAGAUGAGGCCGAGCCGUCCAGUGAUCAGUACUCAUAUAACGGCAUAGGAAAUGGCAUAUAUUCAGAAGUGUCUUCCAUUUUCGACGACUAUAGCUCAUCUGCACCAUCAUACAUCAAAUCCUGGAAACAAUACGGUACCGACGAAAGGUUCUUGGCAUUGCUCAAGAAUUUACUCACAAAAGAAGAUGGUUACUAGCUGGAUGAUAUACUCUUAAUCAGAAUUCCAGGGUAUAUUAGACAAUCUUAAAAUGGGGGGAAAAUCUAAUAAUAAUCUCGAUAAGUUCCAUAAUUAAAUGCUCUUUGGAUACGUACGGAAGUUUUAAUUUCUGAAGAACCGCUUUAAUAAAUAUCUGAUCAAUACCUAAAACAUGAUUGUAAUAAUAAUGAACAUAAAUAAAAUAAAAAAAAGAACAUCUUCAGAAAAAUAUUACAUGAAUUUCUAUAUGUUGAAGUGUUGAACUAUGAUGAACUAAUUGAAAUCAACUAUAUUAAAAUAUCCACUACGUUUAAUCUUGACGUCUUUGAUCUACGAAUUGUUUGAGUAUAUCUUUAUGUAAUUAAAUUCAAAUUUAACCCAACUUAAUUUCAUGUUUUUCUUUUAAAGAACUCUUCAUUAAAAUUAACUUAAGGCACGAUUUAUUUAUUUUCUUACACAAUGGGGAAAAAAGAACAUUUGAUUAAUCAGACUAUUUUAAAUGCGGACCAAAGAUGGUUUAUUAAAUGUACAAUAAAGGUUUAAUCAAGAAAUUCUAUUUUUUUUUUCUUUGAUCAUUUGUGUGUGUUUUUUUUCUUUAUUAUUAUUAACCCUACGGCACCUCAUUUUGAGCAUUUACAAGAUAUUGCUGAAAUUGACAUUAUUAUUGUUUCCAUCAUGACAAAUGCUGUUAAUGCAAAAUAUUUCAAUAUAUUGCAUAACUGCAUUUUUAUAUGAUAUUUAUUACAUAAAUUUAUGUACAUGAUUUUCAGGUCUUUUUCCUACCUUUAAAAAACGACGUGAUGAUGUUCCAUCUAUCACAUUUUAUCAUUUUUUUGGUAUAAUGAUUACUGUUAUAUUUAUUCUUUCUUAAUUAUAAUACACUUAUGAUUAUUUGCUGUUAUAAUACCUACAGCUAUCGUAAUAUUCCAUAGUUGAUAUUUUAGUCAUUUGCAUUGUUAUCAUUAUGAUAACUGUAAACAUUAAUUUCACUAUUAGAAGUAGUAGUAGCAGCAGUAGUAGUAGUAGUAGUAGUAGUAGUAGUAGUAGUAGUAGUAGUAAUAGUAAUAGCAGUAGUUAUAGUAGAAGAACUAUCAUUUUUAUUGUCAUUAUUAUUAUUGUUAUUGUCAUUAUCAUUAAUUUCAUUUUUAUCAUCACCAAUAUCAUUAUCACCGAUAUUACUAUUAUUAAAGAAGAUGAUACCUAUAUUAUCAUUUUAGC